AUGGGCGCCGACUUUGAGAAAAGGAAGGCCACAUGCUUCCAACAAAAUCCUUCACUCGACGCCCCGGAAGAGCUUGCGGACGAGAGUGAAGAUUGCCUGACUCUUAACGUUUAUGCACCCACGAGCUGUAAGAGCAUCGGCCGGCCAGUUCUCGUCUGGAUCUAUGGAGGCAAUCUCCAGUCGGGCUAUUCGGGGAACCCUAUUUUUGACGGGUCUGGUUUUGCUGCUAAUCAUAACAUCCUGGUGGUCACUUUUAAUUAUCGCCUAAAUGCGUUUGGCUUUUCAAACUCCCCCGAACUCCCACUCGUGCAGAGAAACGUCGGUUUCUUGGAUCAGAGACUCGCCCUCCAAUGGGUGCAGGACAACAUCCACAAGUUUGGAGGUGAUCCAGAUCAAAUCACAAUAGCAGGGGAAUCCUCGGGCGCGUCCUCUGUGGAUCGGCUCGUCAACCUACCUCCGAAAGGCCUUCCCUUCCGCGCAGCCGCGGCUGAAAGCGGCCAAGCUACGGUCAGCGGUUUUGCGAGGAAUAGCGGACCGAAAUCAUGGGAGACUCUGGUCAUGUCACUCAACUGCUCCAGUGCAGACAGCGAACUCGCAUGUGUGCAGGACGCUGAUCCGCAGACAAUUCGCGACAUCGUUAACGAGGGUAAUCUUGACUUCUCACCCGUGAACGAUAACGUUACCCAGGCUGCUACUCCUUAUCUGGAGGCCCGCGCUGGAGGUAAUGCCGCAAAAGUGCCCUUUUUCACAGGUACCACUGCACAAGAGGGCACCAUCCUCUCUCUAGUCUAUAACCUAGACAUCUUGGACUUUUCUCAGGAGCAAUUGGAGCAGUACCUUACUUUGCUAACCGGAGGAGAUGCGCAACUUAUUUCCCAAUUCCAGGGUUUAAUACAAGCUAUUCAGCAGACAGACGGCCUCUCACUCUUCUACGCGGCGGCGCAGGCUUACACCGAACUCGUUUAUCAAUGCCCCGCAAGGCUCCUCACAAUUGCCUCGGUAGAAAGCGGUGUCCCAACCUGGCGAUACUACUAUAAUGCAACCUUCCCCAACACUCAGCCAGAGGGGCACACCGGCCUUGGCGCGUAUCACGUCUCUGACCUCCGGCUUAUUUGGGGCACUUACCCAGAGGAAAAUGCCACCGCUGAAGAGAUCGCUCUUAGCAAGUCAAUCCAGACGUCGUGGGCUGGCUUCGUAAAAGACCCUUGGGGCGAGGGUCCAGGAUGGGAGCAGGUAGAUGUUUCUGGAGCUGGGCUUGCGUGCUUGGGCUGUAACGGCAGCGCUAAUCCGACCAUGCUUGACGAAGGAGUUAUUGACGGUCGGUGUCUGUACUACCAGGAGAUUUACGACAAUACCUCGACGCCAUUCUUUUAA